UUCUUCACUGAGCCUCUGAGGUGCUGCUAACCUGCUGCUGUCCACCAUGUUUAUGCUGCACCUGUCUGCCUCUGUCCUCGUCUCUCUGCUGUCUUUAAGUGCAUCAGCACCAACAGCAGAUGACUGCAGUCAGCUGGUCCAAUAUAUGGCAGUGGAUGAGCUUCCUAAGAUCUUGGGCAAAUGGAUCCUGAUCGAAGCGUUUGCAGAUGAUGACUUGUUUAAGCCAAUAUAUAGGAAUAUUGAAAGCUCAUGGCUAGAGUUCAGUACAACUGCAGACAACCAGACCCUUCUGUUAAAUACUAGUACCCGAACGGCUCCCAACCCGCACCAGAAAGAUCCAUGUAUCACAGUUAAUCUCGAUGUGACCGUCGCCAGUGGCAAAGACUUGGAAAUCUAUGUGACCGACACACUCAGCCACAAGUUCCUGCAGACCUGCCCUGACUGUCUUAUCGUUUACCAGAAAGACAAAUACCAAAUAAUGCAAUUACUUGGGAGGACUACGACUGUAGCAGAUUCUCAUUUGGAGACCUUUAGGAAACAAGCUGCGUGCCUCCAGCUUCACGAGCUUCCAAUGUUCCACUAUGACACGAACAAAGAAAAAUGCCAUACUGGAAUGCUCCAUUCAGAUACUGGUUUGCAUGGCCUGUAAUGUUCAUAUACUGUAUGCCAAAACAAAAGAUUGUCACUAUACUCAAGAAACUGCUGCUGCUGCUGCUACAAGGCCCUGAUUUGAUUAUUUUUUUAAUCAUGAUUUAUCUAGAACACAUUGUCAUUAUUUCCCCUAGUCCCUUUCUCUCAGCCCUCAUCUUUCCUGUUUGACCAUGAAUGUCUAUCUAAAGUCAAGUGUCCUCUUUUGCCUUUACAGAGCUGUGUCCUGAAUAGAAGAGAAGUCAGACUCUAC